UCAGCUGGCGUUGCAUAUAUUUGGUUCGCAUCUCUUGUUUGUUCAAUUUCAAAGCCUAUGUCGUUAAAUAAACAUAAUUAAACCUUUUAUUUAGUUCAAAGUCAGAGAAUGAAAACACCUUUUUGAAACAAUACAUGUUUGAGUGCUGCUGUAACACCGUAUAUCACUUGUUUAUAAUUUCUUGUAUUGUAAUCACAAGUGUUGUCGUUUUUAAUGAACACCGUAGCUAUAAUCGAAGUUCGAUAACGUUUUAAAGCCUACGGUGAGCGUAAAAAAUUAAUAGCUGAAGCACCAUUGUUUUUAUAUCGGUUUAAUAUCACCGAUAAGGACGAUAAGGUCACGGAUGGAGGCGAAAUUAAAGGAAUACCGAGCUCUUAGACGUCGCAAGGAGCUCAUUGAAAACGCAAAGAACAAGCUCGAGCAGUCCAAGAAUAAAUUCGUGGAUUUCAUCACCCCAAACUUCUUCAAAGAGAUGGAAAAGGCAAAAGACGACGAGGUGUUGUUGAUAGAAAAUGAAGAGCCAACUGCCACAGAAUACCCUCUCCACCAGUUUGAAGAUAGUACAGACUUAGCAUCAGAAACAAGUGAGGUGGAAACCGUAGCACCGGGAACUCAGGAAUCUUGGCGGUACUUCAUCAUCAAAUGGUCCAUUUACUUCAUAAUAUGGCUUACACUGUAUGCAUUCUUCUUAAAGAUGCAAUUUGGAGCAGUCUUCUUUGUAUUUUCCGUUUUAAUUGGAAUUUAUCUAAAUACCAGAACGGGGCCAAGGAGGAAGGGAGAAGUGUCAGCGUACAGUGUAUUUAAUAAGGAUUGUGCCAGCAUUGAUGGCACAUUGAACGCUGAACAGUUAAUGAAAGAAAUGAUGUAUGGUGCAGCUGUUCGGUAAAUGGUGACUUUUUCUUCCUUCUGGAAUUGUGCUAUGGCUCAUGGGAGCCUGGGGUCUGCCUUGGCAACUAAUCCCGAGAAUUGCUGUAGGCAAUAGUUUUUACGAAAGUGACAAAAUUAUGAUUAUUCAAAUUAAUUUAUUUUACAUUUAUUAAUAAAAUCUACAAAUAAUAAAGGGAUGCAAAAAA